UUAAAUCCUCUCAUCUCCAAACUCCAAAGUCUCUAUGCUUCUCUUGAAUUUGGAAAGUGAUCUCCAAAUCCUCAAAACUCAACAAUCAAACACCACCCACUAUGGAAGAGGCCUCAUCCUCAUCUUCCACCACCACUCCACUCCUCCACCGUCGGCAGUGGAGCCACCGCAUCCCCACCACAAUCCGCCUCAAGACCAACCUCUGCUCCGAGCUCUCCGGCGCCGUGGGAGACCUCGGCACCUACAUCCCCAUCGUCCUAGCCUUAGCCUUGGUUUCCCACCUCGACCUCAGCACCACUCUCAUCUUCACCGCCCUCUACAACGCCGCCACCGGCCUCCUCUUCGGCGUCCCCAUGCCCGUCCAGCCCAUGAAGUCCAUCGCCGCCGUCGCCAUCGCCGAAGGCUCCACCCACCUCACCAUCCCUCAAAUCGCCGCCGCCGGACUCUCCACCGCCGCCGUCCUCCUCCUCCUCGGCGCCACUGGCCUCAUGUCCUUCCUCUACCGCUUCAUCCCCCUCCCCGUCGUCCGCGGCGUCCAGCUCUCCCAAGGCCUCUCCUUCGCCUUCUCCGCCAUCAAAUACAUCCGCUACAACCAAGACCUCGCCACCUCCAAGUCCGGCUCCCCUCGCUCCUUCCUCGGCCUCGACGGCCUCCUCCUCGCCCUCUCCUCCCUCCUAUUCCUCAUUCUCACCACCGGCUCCGGCGACAAACAACACGAACACCCAUCUAUUGAUCACUCUCAUCGACGAGUUCGCAACAGACUCCGGUUUUUGUCCUCGAUUCCUUCUGCUCUGAUCGUCUUCUUGUUCGGCUUGGUAAUCUGUUUCCUUCGCGAUCCUUCGAUCUUCAACGACCUCAAGUUCGGCCCGUCGAAAAUCCGAUUACUAACGAUCACAUGGGAAGAUUGGAAAACCGGAUUCGUCCGAGCGGCGAUCCCGCAGAUCCCGCUCUCAAUUCUCAAUUCCGUCAUCGCCGUCUGCAAGCUCUCCGGCGAUCUCUUCCCCGACCGGGAAGCCUCAGCGAUGAAAGUUUCGAUCAGCGUCGGAGUGAUGAACUUCGUCGGGUGCUGGUUCGGGGCGAUGCCGGUGUGCCACGGCGCCGGCGGGCUGGCCGGGCAGUACAGAUUCGGUGGCCGGAGCGGGGCCUCGGUGGUGUUUCUGGCGAUCGGGAAGCUGGUUCUGGCGCUGGUGUUUGGGAAUUCGUUUGUGAGCAUACUGAAUCAGCUUCCGAUUGGGAUUGUUGGGGUGCUAUUGCUUUUUGCUGGGAUAGAGUUGGCUAUGGCUUCCAGGGAUAUGAAUUCGACGGAAGAGUCAUUUGUGAUGCUGGUUUGUGCUGCGGUUUCGCUUACUGGGUCUAGUGCUGCUCUGGGAUUUGGGUGUGGGAUUGUGCUCUUUUUGUUACUCAAAUUGAGGCAAUUGGAAUGUUCUGGUUUUGGGUUCUUCAGGUUAAGGAAGCCUAAAUCGUCUGAAGAUGAUGAGGAGAAUAAGUUGGUUCCAUGAUGAUUGUUUGUUAUUAUAAGUGUGGAAGACGACUUGAAGACUAUUUCAAGUCUGAUAAUUGGUGCAAUGUAAUGAGUGUGGGAGUUGUUUCUUGUGAUGCUCGUCAGAUUAUUGUCCUCAAAUGUAUUUAUUAUUAUUGUUGUCAUUGUUGUUAUUAUUAGACAGUCAAGCUGUAAAUGUCUUCAGGUUUAUCCCAAGUAUAGGCGAAUUCAGGGCAAGGAAGGUCUUUGCUUUU